GCACCGCAUCAGCCUCCAUCCUCAUUGCGCCGCAUCGCAACCGGGCGCCCUUUUUUUGGCUCCUGGAAGAGGAAGAGGAGGAGGAGGAGGAGGAGGAGGAAGGAGGAGCCUCCCGAUCAGGAGAUCCAAGCCAGCGGCCCUCGCCUCCUUUAUUUAUUUAUUGAUGCCUCUUAUUUAUUUGCCAUCCGGAUCCAGCCCGAGAACAAGCCCAGCAGCAUCCGCAGCACCUGGGGAGCCAGGAGGUUAUGCUCUUUGUCGCUUUAUCACAAUUCGGGGAACGCACGGCAAAGCUGUGAGAGAGAGAAGAAUUAGAGAGAGAUCGGGACCUUGCCUUCCUUGAGGCCAAGAUGCUUCGCUUCCUGGCGCUCCUCCUCCUCCUGGUCGUUUUCCGCUUCUUCCUGGACUUGCCUUGGAUCCAAGUCAUCCCAGCCAUCCUCAUAUUUUACUUGGGAUCCGGAGGGUGGAAGUUCCUUCGCAUCGUCGUCAAGACAGCCAAGCGGGAUAUCAUGGCCGGCUUGUCCCUUGCCUCGACCUGGGUGAACAUGUGGUGGUACAUGAAGCACGGCGAGACCAUCCCGCGCAUCUUCCAGCGAGUGGCGAAGAGGCAUCCGGAGAAAGCGGCGCUUGUUUUCCAGGGGACGGGCGAGACCUGGACCUUCCAGGACUUGGAGGACUACUCCAACCGGGUGGCCAACCUCCUCUGCGACAGGGGCUUCUGCUCGGGGGACGUGGUGGCCCUCUUCAUGGAGUCGCGCAACCAGUACGUGGGCCUCUGGCUCGGCAUGGCCAAGAUCGGGGUCGAGGCCGCGCUGCUGAACUCCAACGUGCGGCAGGACGCUCUGCUCCACUGCGUCAACGUCUCCAAAGCCAAAGCCAUCAUCUUCGGGAGCGAGUUGUCUGCAGCUUUAAAGGAGGUGCAGCCUUCGCUCGGGAAGUCGGUCCACCUCUUCUGUUCCGGAGACUUGAAAACAGAAAACAUCCCAGUCGGUGCAGAACAUCUGGACCCAUUGAUUCAGAAAGCCUCCUCCUUCACACCCAAGCCUCCAGACAAGGGGUUUCUAGAUAAACUGUUCUAUAUAUACACUUCCGGCACGACAGGUCUGCCUAAGGCUGCCAUCAUCGUCCAUUCGAGGUAUUACCGCAUGGCGUCGUUGGUGUACAAUGGAUUCCGGAUGAGAGCGGACGACGUGGUUUACAAUUGCCUCCCUUUGUAUCACUCCGCAGGGAAUAUUGUGGGGGUCGGGCAGUGCCUCCUCCACGGGCUGACGGUGGUGGUGCGGAAGAAGUUCUCUGCUUCCGGCUUCUGGGACGACUGCAUCAAGUACAACUGUACGGUUGUGCAGUACAUUGGGGAGAUCUGUCGGUAUCUCUUGAACCAGCCGGUGCAGGAAGCGGAACGGAAGCACCGGGUGCGGAUGGCGCUGGGCAACGGCUUGCGGGCCACCAUUUGGAAGGAGUUCACCCAGCGCUUUGGCAUCCCCCAGAUUGCCGAGUUUUACGGCGCCACCGAGUGCAACUGCAGCAUGGGCAACUUCGACAACAAGUUCGGAGCGUGUGGCUUCAACAGCAGGAUCCUUCCCUUCAUUUACCCCAUCAACCUGGUCCGGGUCAACGAGGACACGAUGGAGCUGAUCCGGGGACCUGACGGGCUCUGCAUUCAGUGCAAACCCGGGGAACCUGGUCAGCUGGUUGGUCGCAUCAAACAAAGCAAUCCGUUGCAGCGCUUUGACGGCUACUUGAACAGCGAGGCCAACUCUAAAAAGAUGGCCCGAGACGUCUUCACCAAAGGCGACUGCGCCUACCUCACAGGGGACGUGCUGGUCAUGGAUGAGUUGGGCUACAUGUAUUUCCGAGACCGAACGGGAGACACUUUCCGCUGGAAGGGCGAAAAUGUCUCCACGACGGAAGUGGAAGGAACGCUCAGCCGCCUCCUCAGCAUGACGGACGUUGUCGUCUAUGGGGUGGAAGUUCCAGGUGCCGAAGGGAAGGCCGGAAUGGCAGCCAUUGUCGAUCCGGACCACACCUGUGACCUGGAGCGUUUUGCGGAGGACAUGAAGAAGGCCCUUCCUGCGUACGCACGGCCCAUUUUCCUGCGGCUGGUUUUGGAAUUGAACAAAACAAGCACCUUCAAGUUCCAGAAGAUGGACCUGCGCAAGGAGGGCUACGACCCCAACGUGGUGAAGGACCGGCUGUAUUACCUGGAGCCGAGGCUGGGCCGGUACUUGCCUCUGGACCUGGAGGCCUACCGGCGGAUCCAAUCUGGGCAAGCCAAGUUGUAAUUGGACCGGAGAGAUGGACGGACGGCCACUUUCGGACACCGGGACCUCCUUCCUGGGGUUGCGAUCGGAAGCCCAGAACGGUUGGGAAGCCGGACAGUGAACGAGGGGCCGCUUUGGCCCCUUGUUUUCAUUGCAAUUGUACCGGGAACCUAAGCCUGGGGGUUUCUUUCUUCUUUUUUUCGGGACGGGGGACACACACAAGCGACUGCGACGUUUGCAUACCAAAGCAUAGAAAAUAUGUUGGCUUUGUUUUCUACUCCAUCGCAGAUGACAUUUUGCCAAAACUGAAAGCUCGAUUCCCUCCGCCAAGUUUCCUGCACUGCUCCGUUCCACCUCUAGGGGGCGCCAUGGUGCUUUCUGAUUGACAUGGACUGCUUUCCAUUAUUAUUAUUAUUAUUAUUAUUAGGCAAUGUUAAGAAAGUUGCAAUUCUUUCUUUUUCUUUAAGGGGAAGCUUUCUGUCCCCUUUUCUGGCUGCUAAAAUCCUACCCCUGGUUCUGUUGACUGGGUGGGCAGGGCUGGGAACAAACCUGCUUUUUCUUCCAGGGACACUCUUCUUUUCUACUUUUCAUAACUGGACAUUCUUUGUAUUCAUCUGUGUUUAUUUUCUCUAUUUUUGGUAAUUUAUUGCAGGGGGGGGGGUUUGAGAGAGAGAGAACAAAAAAGGAUUUGCUGCAAGAUGGUUAAUUUCCUAUAUAUAAUACUUAUAUUUGUUGCGGGAAUAUGGGUUUGACCCACGUGUGUUAUCCUGUUUUGGCUGCAUUUGCUGCACAUUUUGCUCUGGUGUCAUUGAUCACAGCAACGAUUUAAGGGUAUGCAUUGCCCAGUGCUGGGCGGACUGCCAUUGCUAUAAACAGGGUUGUGCAAUGGUCAGUGGGUUAAAAACCAAUGUUUGGACUUGGGAGGUCUUGCACUCCGUUGCGACCCCAUCAAAUUGUAUAUUGUUCCCAUAGUGUUGUGUCACUUGUUGCCACGUCUUGUCCCCUUUUCCCUCUGCCAUUUUAGGUCCCCAAAGAGGUCUGUAUGUUCUUCUCUUGGAGGCUGUCCAACAGAGGCUGGAUGGCCAUCUGUCGGGAAUGCUUUGAUUGUGCUUUUCCUGCACAACGGAAUGGGGUUGGACUAGAUGGCCUUUGGGGAUCUCAUCCUAUGAUUCUAGGGCAGGCAUGGGCAAACUUCGGCCCUGCGGGUGUUUUGGACUCCAACUCCCACAACUCCUAACAGCCUAUCGGCUGUUAGGAGUUGUGGGAGUUGGAGUCCAAAACACCCGCAGGGCCGAAGUUUGCCCAUGCCUGCCCUAAGGCCAUCUUCUGACCCAGAAGCAUUCUCUUGAUGUUUCACCUGCACCUGUGGCUGGUGUCUUCAGAGGUUUGUUCAGAGAUCUGUUGGAGAUGAAGCAAGUGGAGUGUAUACAUAUAUAUAUAUAUCUGUCGAAUAAUGUCCAGGGUGGGAGAAAGAAUUCUUUGUGUGGAUGUUGCAAUGAGCAAGCUUGAUUAACGUUGAGUAGCUAUGAAGCUGCAAAGUCAAUCAGUGAGGGUAUCUGCAUAGAGGUAGCCUGGCUGUUGUUGCCUAGAGUCAUCCUCUGCCUGGGAGGUGUUAACUGGCAUUUGAUUCCAGGGUUCCAGGAACCACUUUCUUCAAUACCGGUUUGAAACUGCAUCAAAUAGUCAGUGUAGAUGUAUUGCCUCGCCCUUUAUCGCUUCACCCUCAGGAGACCUCUGUUCUCCAUUGAGCUUAAGUAUUUGGUAGAUUUCCUUGGUGCCUCUCUAAUGGGAAAGCACAUUUGGACUCCCUUUUCCUCUUUCCCUUUCUGUCCAUCGGUUCCUGAAAUUAGGGUCAGGUGCCGAGUGAAUUGUCUUCCUGUUGUCAUUGCUUUCACUGCCUUUGAGAAGGGAACCCCACCAUUUGUGAGUGUGAACGGCCUCACUCUGCAUUAAGACAAUCGCCUGUCAUUGGAUGCAAAAAGGGAACUAUUGUUGUGUCUUCACUGCUACCUGAGUCCUGGAUGAUGCACCAUGGUGAGGGACCUGCACAUGUUUUUCUUUUCCUUUGGUGCAAAUGACCCUGUUAUCAGGUAGUUCUGCAGAUGCAACAAAGGGCGGGCUGUGUUUGCGAGAGCAGUAUGGUACAAACCGUUCAUAUCUGCCUAUCCAUGUUUUAAAACAGAACAAAAUGAGUAUAUUCACGGUGCUGCUACCACGUGGUCCUCAGUUGACGGACAUUUCCUUGAAUGCCCCAAGAGCCAAGAUGGUCCAUUUCUCCUCCUAAAUAUAGCAACAGACCUUAUAGCCUCUCUCUGCUUUGGUAGGAAACCAAAAUGCAUUUUGUUAAAUUGUAUUAGUUUCCUCGUCGUCCACGCUCUCCAAACGCCUGUCCCACAAAGUCGAUCUUCUCGGCCUUGUGACAUGAAACACCUCUUUCUCUUCUCAUCCAGGCCCAGAACCAUAGCUUGGCACUUCUCUUACAAUGAGAUGUGCAGUUGUGUGUAUCUCCAGAUGUUGUCCGUAUCCCAGCCAAUAGAGGGAUGCUGGGAGUUCCCACACACAUCUGGAGGCCUGCGUACCCUCUGCUUCUUUCCCAUAAGUCAUUUUGGUGGCCAAGACCCAGAAAGACAUAACCAAAACAGGUCAAAAAGGUGAACAAAGACUGUGCAAUAUUACGGACAUUUGUAAAGCUGCUCCCGCUGUUCUCGGAAGGCUUCUUGCCAUGGCACCCAUCCUGCUGGACCGUGGUUGGAUAUUGAGCCUCCUUUACGGAUCUGGAUGGUGGCAAGGAUCCCUUCCGUUGUUUUCUUUAUGUGUGUGUGUAUGCAUAGGGUGGGAAGGGAAUGGCCUUUUAUUUGUAAGCAAUGCUUUUUUUCCAACAUCUCAGGGAACGCAGUGCUGUCAGUGCGUGGUGUCUCCGUGCGUAACGCGUAUCCGUCUCUGGAGGGAGAGGAGAAGGUGUGCUUUGAACUCCAACCAAUGAAUCGUCUCCUUUUCCAAAAUGGCUGGGGGUGGCGGCGGGGGGAGCGGGACUUGUGCUUUGCCGCCGACACUUUCUCAUCCCGCAUUGCACCACGUUUUUCCGUUCUGUCCGGAUGUAAUCGCUUGUACAUUCUCGUGCUGGAGUUAGGGAACACAAUGGGAUCUUCGCGACUAAUAAAAUAAGAUUUCGAUUU